AUGGCGACUACAAUCCGCAUCGCAGAUGCAGUUCACCCAAAGACAGGUCUAGAGUUCACCAGAACCGAUACCCAAACUUCACGGACUACACGAAGAAGAGGAAGUGUCGGUGACGAUGGGAUCUACAACAUCCGUUCACGAUCCCGGCAACCGUCUCGCGCGCCGUCCGAGUACAGUAUCAAACCUGAUGGCGAUCCUGGGCUACGCAAAGAAGGCGACUUCAAGCAGGUGCAGGUCUUCAAUGGUAAAAUGCUCCUCUGGCUGGCGUACCAGGCUACUGGCGUCAUCUAUGGCGAUAUCGGCACCAGCCCCCUUUACGUGUACUCUUCGACGUUCACGUCUGUUCCUUCCCACAGCGAUCUGAUCGGCGUGCUCUCCCUCAUCAUCUGGUCGCUUACCAUGAUGGUCACGGUCAAGUACGUUUUGAUCGUCUUGCGGGCCGACAACGAUGGUGAAGGAGGAACUUUCAGCACGUAUUCAUUGUUGAGUCGCUAUUUAAACAUCACAAAUCGCGACCCGAGAGAAGCCUCCCUGGUCCGCAUGCGUCGUUACGCCUCUGGUGACCUCGAGUCUGCAGGUCGCGUCAUGCGCCAGGGCAUCGAAUCACACAAAUUUUUCCGGGGCUUGCUCAAGGUCAUGGGAGUGUUGGCCGUGGCCAUGGUCAUCGCGGAUGGUGUCUUGACUCCGGCUCAGUCAGUGCUUGGAGCUGUCCAGGGCGCGAAAGUCGUGAAUCCCAGUCUCUCCAAGGGCACGAUUGUCGGCAUCACCGAUGCCAUCCUGGUGGUGUUAUUCCUGGUCCAACCACUUGGCAUCACGAAGAUCACCGUCGCUUUCUCGCCCAUCAUCCUCAUCUGGCUCGCGUUCAAUGCCGUCUUCGGGAUUUACAACCUGGUCAAGUUCGACGCAACCGUCUUCAAGGCGUUCAAUCCGGGAUAUGCCUUUGACUUUCUCAUACGCAACGGAGAGCAUGGCUGGAGACAACUCGGCGGCGUCUUGCUUGCCUUUACCGGUGUCGAAGCUCUAUUCGCAGAUCUCGGUGCCUUCAGCAGACGCGCUGUUCAAUUGAGUUGGCUAUGCUACUCCUUCCCGUGUCUACUGCUGGCGUAUAUUGGCCAGGCGGCGUAUAUCAGCGAGCAUCCAGAUGCGUAUGACAACCCUUUCUUCAACGCUGCUCCACCAGGUACCAUAUACCCGGCACUGAUUAUCGCCAUUUUCGCUGCUAUCGUGGCUUCCCAAGCUAUUAUUACGGCGACAUUUCAGCAGCUCUUGCAUCAAGUUAUGAAACUGUCAUACUUUCCACAACUCAAAGUCGUUCAUACUUCUAAAACAUUCCAUGGCCAACUUUACGUACCUCUGGCGAAUUGGCUACUCAUGAUCGGCACCAUUCUCAUUGCCUCCAUUUACAACAACACAACAUCCUUGGGCAAUGCCUACGGUGUUUGUGUCAUGUUCGUCACAUUCUUCGAUACAUGCAUGGUCUCUCUGACGGCCAUUUUCGUGUGGCGGCUGUCGCCGUUUCUUGUGGUCUUGCCGUGGCUCACCAUCGCCUGCAUGGACGCCACGUUUCUGUCGUCUGCGCUCACCAAGGUUCCGGACGGGGCGUGGUUCACCAUCACCUUGGCCAUUCUCCUCGCAAGUGUCUUCCUUCUGUGGCGUUUUGGCAAAGAACAACAAUGGUUUGCCGAGGCCGAAGACCGCUUCCCUACAAGCCACUUUGUCCAAGUAGGACCCGACAACCAGUUGCAGCUGAGCAGACGGUUCGAGGGCGACCGACUCAGCAUGAUCAAGGGUUUUGGCAUCUUCUUUGACAAGGCUGGCGAAACGACGCCAAUCAUCUUCAGUCAAUUUGCACUGAAGCUCACGGCCGUUCCAGAGGUCAUGGUUUUCUUCCACCUUCGACCACUGGAAACUCCUUCCGUCGCCGCAUCCGAGCGUCACACCGUUUCCCGGCUCGCCAUCCCCCAUUGCUACAGACUGGUGGUGCGGUACGGGUACAACGACGAAGUCAUCACGCCGGACCUCGCAGGCGUCAUCUAUGAGCAGAUCAGACUGUUCUUGAUGAGCGAAGAUCCCAAGUCUGUCGUGAAAAUGGACCAGGAGGAGAAGUCGAGCGAAGAGGAAGGCACACCGGAGCCGGGGCUUGAACGCGACGGUGGCCCUGGCGAGGAAAGUUCCGGCGCCGAACUCGCUCGUCUCGAUGCCGCAUACGCACACAAGGUCAUGUACAUCAUGGGCAAGGAGCAGAUGAAGAUCAAGGCCAGGACGAACUACUUCCGAAAAGUCUUGCUCUGGGCGUUCCUGUGGAUCAGGGACAACACGCGGACGAAAAUGGCCAAUUUGAAUGUCCCCAUGGAUCGAGUGAUUGAAGUUGGAUUUCUGAAACAGAUUUGA